CGUAUCAUGUGCUUCAUUUUACGAGUUAGUAUUAUUUCCGUGGAUAGAACGUACGAAUCCACUACUUCUUCUAUUACGUAUUACCUCUUUCCAUAAUAUCAGGAUUUGUAAGAACUACUCUGCGUACAUAACUUACUUGGUAGAAACUAUAGGAUUGUUAUGUGCGACGAGUACUAGACAAGACCAGUUUCAAGAGAAAAGAGCGUAAAAAGAUAAAUCGCAGCGACGUACGUACGUGAUUACGUGCGUACAUACUUAUCUACCUAUAUCCAGGGGUCUCCGGAUCGAUAAAAAAAGUGCGAUUAAAGAUGUCUCUCGUCAACGAUUCAUUGGUUCUCAUUCCCGAGAUUUCCGAUCGUUUCAUCUUUGGAUGGACCGAUUACAUCCUUUUCGCAAUGAUUCUAACGGUCAGCGUCCUGAUUGGAAUUUAUUUCGGCUUUUUCAGCAAACAAGACACAACUAUGGAUUAUCUUUUAGGUGGAAAGAGAAUGGGAUUCUUCCCAAUAGCAAUGAGUUUAAUAGCCAGCCAUAUAUCAGGUAUUACGCUAUUAGGAGUACCAUCCGAGGUCUAUCAAUACGGAUCUCAAUAUGCUGCGUGCGUUAUCACAUCGAUCCUUUCGUGUUUCGUCAGUGCUUACGUAUUUCUGCCGGUUUUUUUCAAACUGCAACUGACCAGUACCUUCGAAUAUUUGGAGGUCAGAUUCAGCAGACGGGUUAGGAUACUUUGCUCUCUUUUAUUCCUCAUAUCGUUGCUGAUGUAUAUUCCCAUCGUAAUCUACGUACCAGCGUUGGCAUUCUCUCAAGUAACCGAUUUCAGUCUGCAUACCAUUACGCCUGUGCUUUGCGCCGUUUGCAUCCUUUAUACGAGCAUCGGAGGCUUGAAAGCUGUCGUCUGGACAGAUACGAUCCAGUUCACCGUUACGGUCGGAGGUUUAUUCGCUGUUCUCUUCUUAGGUAUAAACUCCGUUGGCGGAGUAUCGGAAGUAUGGAAACGCUCCGAGAUGGGUAAUCGUCUAAUAUUCUUCAACAUGGACGUCAGCCCUUACGCUAGAAAUACAUUUUGGGGAAUGACGAUUGGGAUGACGAUGACGUGGCUCGUACAUCUUGGUAUACAUCAAGGAUGCGUUCAGAGAUAUCUUUCCGUACCAAAAGAAAGAGAUGCGAAACGAGCGCUGGGCAUAACAGCCGUGGGUUUGAUCGUCGUUAAGCUCGUUUCCGUUUUCACGGGAUUAAUCAUAUUCGCCAAAUAUUACGAUUGCGAUCCUAUGCUCGCCAAGGCAAUAAAAAGAGCCGACCAAAUCUUACCUUAUUACGUAAUGGACGUGGCAGGAAACGUGCCAGGGCUGCCAGGUUUGUUCUUAGCCGGUCUUGUAAGCGCGGCUCUCGCCACAAUGAGCGCGAGCUUGAACACGAUGUCCGGUACGAUCUAUAAAGAUUUUAUCGAGCCCUGGAUACCGGACGGGCCAAAAAAAGAAGCUCGAGCAGCUACGAUCAUGAAGAUAAUCGUACUUAUCAUUGGCGGAAUUUCGGUAGGUUUAGUUUUCGUCGUCGAACAUCUCGGCACAGUUUUCCAGAUGGCCAUCAGCAUACGAAGCGUAACCGAUGGCCCUUGGCUCGGUUUGUUUCUACUCGGAAUGUUGGUCCCGUGUUCCAAUGCGGAAGGAGCUUUUUUAGGUGGUUGCGUGUCCUUGAUCGUUAUGUUUUUCUUAGCCGGAGGAUCGGAAUGGUACAUAGCGAAUGGACAAAUUCGUAAGAUUUCAUUGCCAACGUCCGUCGAGGGAUGUUCUUAUCCGUUAAACGAAACGGACAUCACUACCAGAGCCCCGUUAACCUUAAACGAAGAACCAAUCGGCGUCUUUAAGAUAUCUUUUAUGUACUUUACCCUAAUAGGCUCGCUGGUUGUCAUUGUGGUCGGUGUUAUUGGAAGUUAUCUGUUUGGUAACGUCGAUCUAACUGAGGUCGAUCCUGACCACAUCUCUCCGAUAAUGAAAAGGUUCCUACCGCGUAAAGAAUAUACAGAAGUAUCAUUAAAAUCAAUGCCGGAGGAAUUCGAAAUGACCAAGAACAUCGAUCGUCAAAUAAAGAAGUAAUUGAACGAGUAAAGACGAGUAGCAUGGCAAACGUAUCCUACCGUAUAUACUAAGAAGACAAAUACUCUCUAUACACGCGCUCGCGAGCACGAGCGCACGCACACACGCACACGCAGCUUGAAUGAAAAGACAUGAACGGCACAGAGAGAAUGGAGGUUGAUCCUGACUGGACCAAAUGGAAAGCACACGCAGCUUCUUUAUCGAUUUGCAGGCGCAAGCGCCCGGUCGACCUGCCGUUCUCGGUACGCAUCGACGAAUCCCGGCUAUUUUCGGCCACGCAGUACCGUUUCAAACGGCCUGUCGCGGUGAAUCCGUAUUAGAAAAGCGAUCGUUUGUCGUCGAAGCGCGUAUCGUUUUUCGAAGUCGUCACCACGACCGGUCGUACUCUUCCUAGAGACGUUGAAAAGGGAAAGCUAAUCGACUGAUCGGUUUGACUCAACGACUCUGGAUAAAUAGACGACGACGACGACGACGACGACGACGACGAUGACCACGACGACGACGACAACGACGACGACGACGACGACGACGACGACGACGACGACGACGAGGACGACGACGACGACGAGGACGACGACGACGAGGACGACGACGACGUCAACGACAACGACAUCGACAAUGAAUGAGGAAACAAACAACAACGAUCGAAAAAUGAUCUUGGAAAGAAUGGAAAAUUGGUCAAAUUUUAUCUCGCUCCACGUCUUGAUUCGACUCAGCUCUACUCGGUGAUAAGAAAUUAAAAGGGAAAAAAAAAUUGAAGAUGGGGGAAAGAUCGAACGGUAUGAUACAGCCCUGGAAAACGUUCCUCGCGGCUGCUCGGAGGUGGACUGCUCGAUCGUCCUCGCCUACCUCCUCGAGGGUAAAACCGACCGCGCCUACACGUGGAGCAAGAGCCAGCCGUUCUCGUCGUCGGUUACGUCUCGAACGGAGUCUCGGCCGUGUCGUGACACGAUCAACAAGUACAUACGCGGCGAAACGAUGCACGCGUGAGAUCGCUCUCGCUUUGGAUAACUUUCUCUCGACCGCGUGCGCGCGUUUGCCUCUUGUUUCGUUCUUUCGUUCCCUUUCUCUCGAUUAACCGCAAUGUUUAUAAUCGCCGGGACUCGAAAGAAACGUCAGGAGAAGUAGUGCGCGGUGCUCGUUUUACGAUCGAAGUGUCGUGUCAACCGAGAUAAAUCUGAUCCGAUCAGCUCCGUAAUCAAGCUCCGAACGGAGUCGCUGAUUGCAGUAACGAAAGGAAAUGAAAGUAUUUGGCGCAACUCGGACGCUCCGAUGAUAACGGGUAAAAUAGAAUUUAGCAGGUAUGACGAAACGACAUGCAUUCCUUCGACUUGACGUUCGUCGCCCGAGAUACACUUCGAGGGAAAGCGCGAGGAGUGCUCCGCGAAAUGCGAAAGUUACGGCGGAACGAAUUCCAGAAAUAAGAUCAACCGAAGGACGAUUCAGGAGGUGGAAUAUUUACUUACGUUAGACCGCCGUCUUGCUUUUAAUAAUAGAUAAAAACGUAGGGGCGGGCUCGCGCGCCGGAAAAAGAACGGAAACGCUUCCGAACGGUCCACAGUUUAACGACGAUCUCUCGGCUAUGAUCUCAUCGUGCUGAUACCUUUCGACGUUCUCGAUCAUAUGUAAAAAAAAAAUUAAUUUCUCCCUAACCCUCGGUUCGGCUCGGUUUACGAAAGAUCAAAGGAAGAAGAAAGGUGAACGAUCGUCGUUUCUUAGUAACACAGUACGUAAUUUCUCCCAAUGAUCGAUAAAUUGAUUGCUCGUCUAAUCGAUCGAUCGAUAAACGAGCGCCGUCCCUCUUAUCUCUAUCCAUAGUAAUACGUAAUAUGCGGAUAAUAUCGAAAGUUUGUUCCGCGAUGACACCGCAGAGAUCGAUGUCGAAUGCUACGACGUGUAUGUCCUAUCGGAAAUGAUGUCGUUGCCGUACAAAAGUCUUCUUGGAUCGUUCGUACUGUUAAUGAUCGCUCUAGUUGCCUUGUUGACGAGCAAGCGAUACGGCUUGGAAGCGCGUAAAAAGGAUAAGGGUGCUUCGCUGCUCGAUGUUAUAGCAAACAUAAGCGGCACCAUAGAUAAACUCAGCACUGGCUUCGACGGGAUGGCCAUAGAAACGGAAAUGGCGAGGAAUCGGCUCAAGCAACUGAUUGCCCUUCAUCGAGAAAACGCUGCAAUUUGUGCGAUGCUACACAAGCAACAAAGAAAGAAGAUAUCAAGGAAAGCGACGAAGCGUACGUGACGAAUUCUAACAUCGUGUAAAUACGUCGAACGCUCGCCGACAGUUGGACCGUUUUAGUUCGUCGACUUGAGAUCAGAUGUGAAACUCUGCGCUAUGGUAUACCGAUAUAUCUUAAAUACCACGUACGAGAUGAUAAAAGUCGGAUCGACAAACGAAAAAUAAUGAAGUAACGUUCAAGCUGCUAUCGGCUUCUAAAUAAAUCUCGAAAGAUACGUAUUAAAUUACCUACUGUUACACGCCUCUUAUGUUACAACGUAUACAUACAUCGAUGUUAGUUAGCUUCGUGUGACCUACCGAGAAGGAAGAUUUUUCAAGAAGCCAUAUGAGAGGGAAGCAUCUCUUGCAAAUAUAAGAAAUUCUUCUUCCAAGGGAAAAAGAAUAAGCACAAAUUAGUGGUUAUUAUUGGAAAGACGACGACUAAUUUUAACUGGAUUUACGAACGUGAACGUUCGAGUAACGUCUGACACCUUGAGCGUAUCACUAGUUACAUAAACUAUACAUAUGAUACAAUAUUAUACGUACGAUAACUUUUAACAGGAUGCGAAACGGGAACGUAACUUUCCAGGCGAGAACUUGAUCGCUUAUACACCUUGCAGUUAUUAAUAUAUAUCUAUACUACGCACUCACGCACGCACGCACGCACGCACGCACGCACGUAUACGGCAAACAGUUCAAAGAUACGUUUUCGUCAUAUCCUUAAAUACAGUUUGACUAAAUCGCAAGGUGAAUCUUGUAACGUAGACAGAAUUUGAACUAUUGCGCGAAAAUGAUUGAAGUUUAUCUACCGAUGGACGAAACGUAGAACGACUUAAUUCUUAAUCCGACUAACGAUAGAGCCACAUUAUAUAGUAUUAUAUGCCUAACAGUAAUAGUAAUUGUUCGUAAAAAUAUCGUAAUUAAAAUAUUUAAUAGACAUAUGAAUGAAUGAAUGAAUGAAAAAAAAAAAAAAAAAACGAUCCAAUGAAAUAAUCGCCUUUUUCACUUUUUUAACACGUUGAUGCCUCCUAAGAGCCGGCUCUAGAAGAAAAUAAAAAAUCAUAUCGAGACAAUCAUUCGAAAUAUCUACGAAUAGAAAAUUUAUUUUUAAUAACAUUGAGUUUUAAUUCGCAAAUAGAUAAGGGAUCGAGAGAUAAAAAAUAAAUUAUUCGAUACAGGGGCCAACGAUUCUACGCAAUAUCGUAAUUAAAAAAAAAUAUAUAAUUGUCAAAAUUGUGAAAUACUAUCCCAACCUUUUUGUAGUCGGAUCGCAAAUAUGGAAAAUCGCUUCUUAAAUAGACUUCGUUACGAAAAUUACUUUUGUAUCUUAAAAAGAAAGAAAGAAAAGAAAAGAAAAAGAAAGAUACGAACUCGAUGAUAUACAAUUAUUAUCAACUUGCUUUCCGGUUCGUCACAAAUAUAAUGACAAGAACUCGAUAACCCACCAAAAAUCGAUGAUGUUACGUUUCAAAAAUAGAAUGCGCGAUAUAAAAUUUUUAUCUCUUAUAUUAGGAAAACGUUGCGAAAGUACUGUCGCGCACACGUAAGAUUUGCAGAUAUACUUAAACAUAAACGGAUAGUUGAACGGAUUCUCCCUUAAGAAUUGAAAAAAAAAAAAAAACCGUGCAUGUUACAUUUAACAACAUUACAUUUAAAUAUAUGUAUGUCAGAGAGACGUCGAAAGGACCAAACUAUUAAAGCUGUUAUUUAUUUGCGAAGGUAUGGAUACAUUGUAAAAUCGAUUCGAUCGUGAAUACAUGCCUGCGUUGUCUUCUCAAUUAUUUUUGUAAUCCUACUUUAAAAAGCGAAUAAAAUCAUUUGACACGAAUA